AUGUGUAGAGUAAUACAGGAGUCGGUGAGGAACACGCCGUGCUCGGACGCCCCUCCCCCGGCCUCCUCGCAGCUCUCCUCGCAGCUCUCCUCGCAGCAGCUCUCCUCGCAGCUCUCCUCGCAGCUCUCCUCGCAGCUCUCCUCGCAGCUCUCCUGUCCCUCGGAGAUCACGGUGGACCCGGAGGGGAGCUACCACGGCAGCACCACGGAGGAGGAGGGCAGCUAUAGCGGCAGCCUGGCCCCUCUGCGCCCGGUGCACGCACACGCACACCCGCUGAAGAGCUUCGCAGUCCCCGCCAUCCCCCCGGGAGCCCACCCCUCCUACGAGAACCCCGCCCUGCCCUGCACGCCCCUGCUCACACAGAGCGGUACGAGACCGAGACAGAGACCGAGACUUAGACUCACUGGGGUCUCAUGA